UGCAGCGGUAGCCAGAUCUGCAACACGGGGCUGGGUUCAUGGCGGCGACGGCGGUGGCAGCGGGGAGCGGGGUCGCGGCGGGGACUGAGUCGGCCGAAGGGCCCCGGGGCCCGGUGGCGGCGCUGGAGCUGUGGCUCAACAAAGCCACAGACCCAAGCAUGGCAGAACAGGAUUGGUCAGCUAUCCAGAAUUUCUGUGAGCAGGUGAACACUGACCCCAAUGGCCCCACACACGCGCCCUGGCUGCUGGCCCACAAGAUCCACUCUCCGCAAGAGAAAGAAGCUCUUUAUGCCUUAACGGUGCUGGAGAUGUGUAUGAACCACUGUGGAGAGAAGUUCCAUGGUGAGGUGGCUAAGUUCCGCUUCCUGAAUGAGCUGAUCAAAGUGUUGUCUCCAAAGUACCUGGGGUCCUGGGCCACAGAAAAAGUUAAAGGAAGAGUCAUUGAAAUACUCUUUAGUUGGACAGUCUGGUUUCCAGAAGACAUCAAGAUUCGAGAUGCCUAUCAGAUGCUAAAAAAACAAGGAAUUAUAAAACAAGACCCUAAGCUACCAGUGGAUAAAAUCUUACCUCCACCUUCUCCCUGGCCUAAGAGCUCAAUCUUUGAUGCUGAUGAAGAAAAGUCAAAGCUUCUGACAAAACUUCUGAAGAGCAACCACCCUGAGGAUCUUCAGGCUGCAAACCGGCUGAUCAAGAAUUUGGUCAAGGAGGAACAAGAAAAAUCAGAGAAGGUGUCCAGGAGAGUCAGUGCCGUGGAGGAAGUACGAAGCCACGUGAAGGUGCUGCAGGAGAUGCUGAGCAUGUACCGCAGGCCAGGGCAGGCCCCACCAGACCAGGAAGCCUUGCAGGUCGUGUAUGAAAGGUGUGAAAAGCUGCGGCCUACCCUGUUCCGGCUGGCAAGUGACACCACUGAUGAUGAUGACGCGCUUGCUGAGAUUCUCCAGGCAAAUGACCUCCUCACCCAAGGAGUUCUGUUGUACAAACAGGUGAUGGAGGGCCGUGUCACCUUUGGACAUACAGUGACCAACUCAGUGGGAGACAUACCUGUCUCCAGAGUCUUUCAGAAUCCAACAGGCUCCAUGCAAAACUGUCCCCUGAUUGACUUAGAAGUGGAUGAUGGAUCUACGCAGGCUGGGGCUGUCGCACCAUCUUUGCUUCAUCAGGACCUGGAAGCCUUAGGAAUCAGUGAUGCUCCUGUUAUGAACAAGGUUGCUGGUCAGAAUUGUUGUAAGGAAAAGAGGAAUUCCUCUUCCAGCACACUGCUGGGUGGUAGUAGUCAAAGCCCUUCUGGAGACCAGAACUUGCUCGAUCUUGUCUCACCACAGUCAUCUGCUGGUCCUCUGAAUUAUGUCUCACAGAAAAGCAUCCCUAAAGAAGUGCCACCAGGUACUAAGUCCUCUCCAGGUUGGUCCUGGGAGGCUGGCCCAUUGGCUUCUUCUCCAUCUUCACAGAAUACACCUCUGGCUCAAGUGUUUGUUCCUUUGGAGUCUGUUAAACCCAGCAGCCUGCCGCCUGUGAUUGUGUAUGACCGGAAUGGAUUCAGAAUUCUGUUGCACUUCUCCCAGACUGGGGCCCCUGGCCACCCUGAAGUACAGGUGUUGCUCUUGACUAUGAUGAGCACUGCUACCCAGCCUGUUUGGGACAUCAUGUUUCAAGUUGCUGUGCCAAAGUCAAUGAGAGUAAAGCUGCAGCCAGCAUCCAGCACCAAGCUUCCUGCAUUCAGCCCUUUGAUGCCUCCAGCUGUGAUAUCUCAGAUGCUUCUUCUUGACAAUCCACAUAAAGAACCUAUCCGGUUACGAUAUAAGCUAACAUUUAACCAAGGAGGACAGCCUUUCAGUGAAGUAGGAGAAGUGAAAGACUUUCCAGACCUGGCUGUCUUGGGUGCAGCUUCUUUUCACAAGAUGGACCCUUCAGUUCAUGCUUAGGCCAGUGUUACUUUUGCUGUCUAGACUGAACUAGUCAUGGUGUUUUAGUGCACAGUGCCAAGAGUUCUAUCCUGACAUCAUGC